GAUAUGUAUUCUUAUUUAUUCUCCUGUUAUAUGUAGAUUGACUCGAAAAAGUAUUUAUUUAUUUUUGAAAAAAAAAUCACAAAAUUUUCCUUUUUUUAUUAGUGGAGCCCGCCUUUUUACCUAAGUUUUAUUGGAUUUGGACUUUAAAGCCCGCCUUUCUACCCAGGUUUAUUCGGAUAUUGCCCCAAAAUAAUCGGGUUUCCUCGUACUAUUAGAAAACCCACAACUAUAUAAAGAUUAUAAAAUCAAUUAAGGGCAGCACUUCCAAUCAAACUGCGACUCUUUCAUAAUCCCUUUUUUUCCUCUCUUCUUCGAUUUGUCCGUUUAUAAAAAUUUAAACUCUUUUCGAAUUUCAAUUUCAUAAUUAUUUCUCAUUCUCCGUCAAUGGAGAGUAAUUGUGUGCAAGGUAAAAUAUUUGUUGGGGGAAUAUCGUCGGAGACAAGUGAAGAAGUACUUACGCAACACUUUAGUCGUUAUGGAGAAGUGGUGAAGUCACAGGUAAUUAAAUAUCGAGACACUAAUUGUGGAAAAGGAUUUGGUUUUGUUACCUUUGCUGAUGCUUCUCUUAUCGAGCAACUUAUUCAUCAGCAACACAUAAUCCUUGGAAGAACGGUUGAUGUUAAAUUAGCGAUACCUAAAGGUGCAAGCGGUCAAUGCCAACUUGGUUCAGAAUGUCCAAAUUUUCAAAGACAAGAUAGCAAUAAUAACAGAAGAAAGAUUUUUGUUGGUGGAUUGCCUCUUAAUUUGUCGGAAGAAGAAUUUAAAACGUACUUUGAAAAAUUUGGAACAAUUUCACAAGUUAAUCUUAUCUCCAACAAAGAAAUCAAAACGCCUCGAGGAUUUGGGUUUGUUACUUAUGAUUCAGAAGAAUCUGUAACACAUGCAUUGCAAGAGAAACUUCAUUGGUUGAUAAAUAAAUAUGUUGAGGUAAAAAAAGCAGAGCCAAGGGAACGGAGAGUUAUCAAUAGUAAUUAUCAUAAUUUUUAUCCUGGCUAUGGAAUGUGGCAAAUUUAUGAUUGUAAUAAUGAAAUUUUUGCCCCUCAGUACUGCCACAAUCAUACUAUGGUACCUACUAAUUGGACUAGUUCGUUUAAUCAUUUGGGUACAAAUCAAUUUGUUCAUCCGCAACCUAUUGUACCAUAUUUUACCCCUACAUAUCCAGUCAACUACUAUGGUUCAACGCAUAGGUAUCCAAUCAACUGCUACUGUUCCACACAAAAUCAAGUGGAUCAUAAUAGGGGCUCUUACUCAACCUUUACUCAGAAUAAUGUGAUAAAUGAAGAGAAUGGCCAAGAAUGCAAUAAUAUCGAGGUUCAACUUGUUGGAGAUGGUUCACUUCCAGCUAAUGAGAGUGCAAAGUCACUAGAGAAAGAAACAGACAAUGGUGGUGAAAAAGAUGACUUGAAGGAAAUUCUCUAUGAUAAUACGAAAGAAGAUAAUGGUGAAAUAGAUCACUUGGUGAAAAUUCUCCAGGUCAAUUCUGAAGAUGACACAUAAAGUACAGAAAAUUAAUGGAGUUUCAAGGUGUAUUUUGAUAUAGAGUAUUUUAGAGAAAAUGUUGCUUAUUUUUGGGUUAAGAUUCAAAGUCAUCUUUGAAUUUUCAUAAGAAACAUUAAUAGUCUCUCAUGUUUGCAAUAUUGAUGCACUUUUGAUCUUCUUCACAAUUUUGUCUAUUUUUAACAUUGAUUUUAUUCAUAAUUUACGUAUGAAAUGCUUAAUCAUCAUUUUAUAUAUUUAGUAGAAAUAAUAACUCAGUGCGAAAGAUUGUGACAAGAAAAAUACCUUAUUUUAUUUCGUAGAAAUCGUAUUGUAGAUAAAGUCGAAAGAUUCAUCACGAUUCACGACGAUUUUAUGUACAAUAGUAUAAAUUUUUCUUUUCUUGCAAUGUCAUAUGUUAAAAUGACUUAGUUUAGAUGCAAUUAUAUUUAUAUUGAACAGAACAAGGUAUUCUUUCACCUUCUCUCACAUAAAAUUAUUUUUUCUACUGAAUAUAUAAAAGACGAUGGAACAUUCCUUACACAAAAUUAUGAACAAUAUUAAUGUUAAAAAAUAGGCAAAAGUUUAGCGGAGGACAAAAAAUACAUCAAUGUUACAAACAUGAGGGACCUCUCUCGAGUAUUUUACUUUUAUGAUGUUGUACAUAACUUGCCAAGCUUGACCAACUUUAAUCAAAAAAAAAAGUCUAAAUAGUCUUUUAUCUUUCCGUUGA